ACUGAGAAGUCACGGGACGAAACUAAAAUCCCUCUUCAGAUCUAGAAUCAGCUACCCUGAACACAUAUAGCAGGAAGUCCAGCGGAAGGAGAACCAUGGAUCACUACAGGAAACGUGCAGCUGUCACUCUGGCCGCGCUGUCUGUGCUUUUGCACGGCCUCCACUCCUUUCCUGAUGGAGAGUUUACAGUGCAGGGUUGCCCAGAAUGCAAGUUAAAGGAAAACAAAUACUUCUCCAGGCUGGGUGCCCCAGUUUACCAGUGCAUGGGCUGCUGCUUCUCCAGAGCAUACCCCACACCAGCAAGGUCCAAGAAGACAAUGUUGGUUCCAAAAAACAUCACCUCUGAGGCUACAUGCUGUGUGGCCAAAGCAUUUACCAAGGCCACAGUAAUGGGCAAUGCCAAGGUGGAGAACCACACGGACUGCCACUGCAGCACUUGCUACUACCACAAAUCCUGAGCGCUCCACAGAGUGCCUUGAUGGCUGUGGAGCUCCUGGAAUGGGGAAUUGAGUUGUUCCAUGUUUAUGACCCUGAGAGAGAAAGCCCUUCUUUUCUUUACUAUACCAUUUGACAUGCUUCAGAGACACACUGCAGCUUUAUUGCCUUUUUCUUUAUCCUACAGUAUAAUCAGCAGUCUAGCAUUUUUUAUUUGGAAUGAAAUAUAGCAUUUAGCUGGUUCCACUGCAAAUAAAGCCUUUUACAUCAUCA